AUGGAUCGAGCGGGCAAACGUCUGGCGACCGUUGGCUUUGAUCAGUUUGGCUUUGAUUCGACUGUAGACGUCGAAGAUGUCCGAGCACUCUACCUUCGUUCCCGUCACUCAACAUCUACGAGCGAUACGACGCGACCCGCUACGCUAGGCCUGCAAUCGACAUACGACAAGCCCACAAAUACAAUAUCUUACGCAUCUAUGAAUAAUUAUCCCGCAGUCAAACUUUUGCCCCCAUCAAAAAAGAAGCGGAUACUCGUCACGGGCGGCGCGGGCUUUGUGGGUUCGCAUCUCGUUGACCGAUUGAUGCUUCUGGGCCAUGAUGUGACUGUCUUGGACAACUUUUUUACUGGAUCCAAGACUACCGUUAGUCAUUGGGUUGGACAUCCAAAUUUUGAGCUUGUCCGCCACGAUGUCACCGAGCCAUACAUGAUCGAAUGCGAUCAGAUUUAUCAUCUCGCUUGUCCAGCGUCGCCGCCACACUACCAGUUCGACUCAAUCAAGACGGUCAAAACAUCAUUUAUGGGCACAAUGAAUAUGCUCGAGUUAGCAAAGCGAACAAAAGCUCGAUUCUUGAUCACAAGUACAUCUGAGGUUUACGGGGACCCUCUUGUGCAUCCACAAAGCGAGGACUACUGGGGUAAUGUCAAUCCCAUCGGCAUCCGGGCGUGCUACGAUGAAGGGAAACGCGUCGCCGAGACGCUCACAUAUUGCUAUCAACGACAAGAGAAUAUCCAACCACAAGAUGGACGUGUCGUAUCCAACUUUGUGAUGCAAGCACUAAAAGGGGAAGAGAUGACUGUCUACGGCGACGGCAAGCAGACUCGCUCGUUUCAAUAUAUCCACGAUCUCAUCGACGGACUUAUCGCGCUCAUGAACUCUGACGAAUCACGCCCAGUCAAUCUCGGCAAUGCAGACGAGUUCACCGUGGGCGACUUUGCAGUGAUGGUGAAGGAAAUCGUUGAAAAGGUUCAAAGGGAGGACAACCAACAAGAAUCACCCAAAGCGGCACAGUCAAAGGUUGUGUAUAAGCCUAUCCCGUCGGAUGAUCCACAGAGACGCCGUCCAGACAACGCAAGGGCAAAGGAAGUCCUUGGGUGGCAUCCACGCUGGACGGUGAGCAUGGGUGUCGAGGAAAUGGUACGGUACUACAAAGCCCAAUUGGAAGAUGGCACAAUUGUUUAG